AUGCCACGCCCCCGGAAAACCUGUAAAUAGAUGGCUUGUUUUAUAGUCUGUUUUUAUGUUUAUGAACGAUUAAAGCUGGGUACAAUAUGUCAAAAACAUUGGGCAGUGCCAUUCCAGCUUUAAAACAACAAGAUUUAGGUUUAACCAUUGGUGUUCUAUCCAGUUUAAUACUCUUAUAUAUAAUCUUAGCCGUAAUGAUUUAUAAACCAAGAAAAACUAACAGUCAAUCGUCAGCUCAACGACUACGCGACCCUUUGAAUUAUAGCAGACAAUAUUCCUCUGUGGAAAACUCAAUAAACGUAUCAAGUUAAAGCCAUACAGUAAAACUUCAUUAUGACGAACAUCAUUGAUCCAAGGUUCGAGUAAGACAAUUCCUUCUACCGUCAACAAUACAGUCAUGCAUCGUUAUGAAGAAGACCAUCGAUCCGCGUAUCUUUAUUCGAGCUAAACACUGUUCGAGUAAGACAAUUCCUUUGAAACGUGUAUCAUACAGUUAUAUCUCGAUAUGUCGAAGAUUAGGACUCACGCAUUUUAUUCAAAAUACGCAAGGUUUAAGUCGUACGUAACUAACGUUCGAAAACUAAAUGGUAGGUGUGAUAGCUAUCAUCUCAGCAGGCGGCGUGUCUCUGAUUUUCAGACUGGGUUUAAGUAAGACCAUGUUUUCAAAUUUUGUACGUCUGGAAUGGAAGACAACUAGGUGAACAUGAAAGUAUGACAUCCUUCAACUUUAAAUGUAUUUUAAUUUUAGGCGCAAUAUCAAGUGAUUAUAUUGACGAUGGAGAGAGAGAGAGAGAGAUAUCAUUAUAUUAUAUCAUUAUAUUCACGGGGGGGGGGGGCAUAAUUUCUAUAAAUUGUCGUAAUCCCUUUGUUAAUUAUUUGCAAUAAAAUAUGUUAUAACUAGUAGUAGUAAUAGUAGUCGAAUACAAUGUUUUGAGAGGCAUGAAUGUAAAAGAAUUACCUUGAUUGUUGGAAUUCGAAACCAGAUUAGGCCGCAGCACCGCUGUUCGGGCAAAAUGUCCCUGAUAGCAAACUGCAUGGCGCACACCCGUCGUCAUUAGCCCAGCAGUAGGAGCAGCCCAGUAGGACGUUAUACCCCUAUUUCAUUUUCAUUUCAUUUAUAUACGGUGGUCUGAAUCCAUAUACCCCAAUCUAAAGUAAAACGGGGCUUGUAUACGUGAUAAAUACAUUUCGUUAAUAUAGGUCAGACCAUUAGGACUCUCUGUAUUAUGGUGGUCAAUACUUGAUACAACAAGUUAGUAUUUGGCAAUAUACAAACGGCAUUGCGCAAUGGAAACUUUCUAUUCUUCGUGUGAGCGAGCUCUAACAGUGUGGAUUUGAUUUUGUUAAGAGUAUGAAGUUACCUGUAUCAGGUGGCGUACUGCCCUAUGUAAACAAACAUACAGGUCUAUUAAUAGAGAUAUACACUACAGGUAUACAAUACACCCUAAAGAUGAUUAUUGUGUCAUAUAUAAAAGGGGCGUUGGGGUAACUUCGUGGUUGUAAAACUUACUGGAUUGAAAGUUAAACUAAAGUCAAGAAACAAAUAAAUAUGACGAAACCAGAAAAGUUAACACUACAAGAUUUCAGAGACAGACAUCAAAAUGUGGUUGCAUUCCAUAGGAUGAAGACGAAAGACAUAUUUUGAUAUGAUAAAAAUGAAAGGCCUUUCUUCGUUUAUCUCUGGCAAAACAACCUCGAGCAGUGAGUCAGAUAAAUUUAACUCACUUGGUGGGAUGAAGAAGAAGAAGAAAAAAAGUAAAAUGAACCUGAAAAAUCGGUUAGAGACAUUUUUUGCAUCAAUUGGUAAAGAGAAACAAUUGUCUUUAAAUCAUGGAGUCAGUGUUGAUUACCAUGAUGAUGCUGAUGAUGGUAGCACAAAAAAUGGCACCGAAACACAACAUGUUGUCAAAUUUGAGCAGUUAAUAACUCAUACAAGACUGAAUAAAACCAAUGGACAAGUCAAAACAUUGAAAAAUAAGAUAAAAACAAAAAAUUGUGAGAUGGAAGAGACAGUAUUUGAAGAGAUUUCUGCUUCUCUGAGAACCAAGGCCAUUGCAUUUGUUAAAACAAGAAAAAGGAAGAAAAAAUCCAAAAACAGUGGAUUCAAAGAGACAGUAUUUGAAUCUGUUAGUUGUCCUGAUGAAUGUAGAGAAACAAUUGUUUCGAAUGACGUUACAGUUGUUAAAACAAAAAAAAGGAAGAAAAAAUCCAAAAAUGAUGCAACACCAGUUUCUGCUCAAACUGGGUUAAAGUCUGUGCAAACUGGGUUAAAAUGUGAUACGAAAAAAACAGUUUCUGCUCAAACUGACAGACAGUGUGAUUCUAACGAAACUAUUUCUCCGCAAACUGGGGUAAAAUGUGAUUCUAACAAAAUCAUUCAACUUAAAAGUGAAACAGAUUCAGAGUUAAUCAAGACUAAAAAGAGAAAGAAGAGACUUAAACUUAAACGCAAACAUUCCGUAGAAAAAGAAAGGACAUCAGAAUUAAAAUUGGAUAAAUUAGACAGUGGUAUAAUUAGUAUGCAGAAAAAUAACGCUGAAUGUAAUUUUGUUCCGUUACCGUCUGAUUUAUCGGUGGAUGAAGAAUUGGGUAAAUAUUGGCAUCAAAGAUACCGACUCUUUUCACGUUUUGACGAGGGAAUAGUGUUAGAUAGAGAGAGCUGGUUUUCCGUCACACCCGAGAAAAUCGCGAAACAUAUUGCGGAGAGAUGUCGAUGUGAUCUGAUAAUAGAUGCUUUUUGCGGGGCAGGGGGUAAUACUAUACAAUUUGCGUUUUACUGCGAGCGUGUUAUCGCGAUUGAUCUGGAUCCUGUGAAAAUAGAUCUAGCCAGACGUAACGCUUGUGUUUAUGGGGUGGAAGACCGGAUUCAAUUUAUCAUAGGUGAUUAUUUGACGCUGGCUCCGUCUCUCAAGGCAGACGUGGUAUUUUUAAGUCCCCCAUGGGGAGGACCGGAUUAUCUGUAUGCCAAUACUUACAAUUUAGAGAACAUGGGUGGUCUGAACUGUCAUGAAAUUUUUGCGAAGACAAAGAAAAUUUGUGAAAAUAUUGCUUUUUUCGUUCCUCGAAAUACGAACUUAGAUCAGUUAGCGUUAUUAGCUGGUCCUGGAGGAAAAGUGGAAGUUGAAAAUAAUAUCGUGAACAAAAAAAUAAAAACUCUUACAGCAUAUUAUGGUGAACUUUGUAUAGAAUAAGCAUGGUUUUUAAGAUAAUCUUGAAAUGAAAUGGGGUUUAAUGAUAUCCCCAGUGGUAGCGUUCCGUCGACUCCACCUGGGUCCAUUUACAGGUUUUCACUAGAUGCUGUUCUUUGACAAGGGGAAACCACUCUGAACAAGCCUGAGAUACACCAGGAUUGAACUUGGUACUCCUGGUCAGUGAGCCAGCAUUUGACUGAGUCACUAAGACUCAGUAUGAGGUGGAUCAGAGAAUAUUUGUGUUAUAAAGUUGUCAGGGUGUAUGCCUAUUUAUACCUAGUGAUGGCUGUAUGGGUUGUGUAUGACUCAGAAUUGGCCCCAAAUUGUAAUAUUUCGCCAUGCUAUCAUGGGGGGCUAUGUAUAGUGUGUGCCCUUUAGUUCAUUAGGUUUGUGUCAUUGAGUCAAAUGGUGAGUCUUUAAUCCCAGGGUCACCUGCUGGGUUUUCUUUUCUCCAGGUGCCCCACUGCUAAGGACGUCUAGACACAAGCUUAAUAUUUUGGUCCCAAAAUGACCUUGUUUGUGUCAAGUAGACAUCUUGAAAUUAAGAUGGUGUUCCAACCGCAUUUAGUGACCUGUGUAUUUACAUUGAGAAGAUUAUGCUUUAAACAUGGGGAUUAUAGACU